AUGGAAAUAAGUUCUGGAACUCCUGGAAGGUUCCGAUGGGUUCACCUGCAAGAAGUACCAGCUGUAACUGAAGGCGGCGCCGACGACGUCGUUGGAAGCCAGUCCGUACAGCCGUCGAGGCGUAUCGAGGAAGGAUGCUUAGCAUUUGCACCUCUAAUUAUAUCCCAGGAACGUGCUGUUGAAACAAAUAACCCGUCACUAGUUUUAGUUCAGAGGCAACCUCACAAGAAGUCAUCAGAUCUCUUCAAUGGCAGACAUUGUCUCAGACAAUUCUGCGGCGGCGGCGUUACAAAGAGUCCAUCGUUCAUUCCCUGUCCAUACCUCACUUGCGGUUUGAGUAAAUUGCUUCUCAUGAGACAGAAGCCAUACCUGCACUUCACAUUCUGGAUGGAGCUUUUAGAGAACUUACCAGCGGAUUUACUGGCUUCAGACGAAUAUACGUUUUAUAUACACGUCAUAAAGAUCAAUUUAUAA